AUGUCCGCCAACUCGCUGAACAAGAUCGCGCCCAACAGCCCCUCGAGGCAGAACCCCUCUGAGAUCGAGACCAGCAUCGCCAGCGCGUUGACUGACCUCGAGAACAACGUCCCCGACCUGAAGGCUUCUCUGCGCCCUCUCCAGUUCGUCUCUGCUCGCGAGAUCGAGGUUGGCCACGGACGCAAGGCUAUUGUCAUCUUCGUCCCUGUUCCCCUUCUGUCCGGAUGGCACAAGGCCCAGCAGCGUCUCACCCGUGAGCUCGAGAAGAAGUUCUCCGACCGCCACGUCCUGAUCGUUGCUUCCCGCCGCAUUCUUCCCCGCCCCAAGCGCUCCAACCGCUCGCGCACCACCCAGACCCAGAAGCGUCCCCAGUCCCGGACUCUCACCGCUGUCCACGACGCCAUCCUGACCGACCUCGUCUACCCCGUCGAGAUUGUCGGCAAGCGUCUCCGUACCCGCGAGGACGGCAGCAAGAUCCUCAAGGUUGUCCUUGACGAGAAGGAGCGCGGCGGUGUUGACUACAGGCUCGACACCUACAGCGAGGUCUACAAGCGCCUCACUGGCAAGGGCGUCAACUUCGAGUUCCCCCAGAGCCAGCAGACCGACUACUAG